GCUCGAAUAGAACGCACGCGUGAAGCGAGCCUUACAGUACCGGCCCGAAAAUUACGUGAAAACUUUUACGGAAAAUUCAUUUCAACAAAAGAUUUUCCGUACGUUUUACGACAAUUUUCCGUACGCGAUCGCUUUUUGUUUAUUGAAACGUGGACUCUUUGUGGCUGUGUUUUUUUUAUUUGUGACUUUUUCCUUAUUUUUUAAUUUCGUAAAGUAUUGAGGUAAAAUCGUAUGUGAAGACGAGCUCACGAAAAUAUUACAUCGACGAAAUAUGUUAAGUGCACAGUGGUCGACAAGAAAAGAGUGCUGGACAAAAAAGUGACAGUGAAAAUGUGUUUAAAAAGAUAAAAUCGAAACAAAUAAUUAGGAUGUGAAGCCAUGUUGGAAUGCGUGCGUCGCGCGAACCCAGUGUUGCGCGCGUCGACCAAAACUGGACAAAAUCGCCUGAUAACGACGAGACUCGUCUUUUUGUUGGUGCCGUUCAUUAUACUUCUGUCCGUGAGGAACAGCGUGUCAGGCGGGGUGUCCCUGGGCGCUCAUCUGGUCUGCGCCCGCGUCGCCGGCCUCACAGACAAGCAGCGCGCUAUGUGUCGCGCCUCACCAGCUGCCAUCGCUGCAGUGGGCGACGGACUAAGGAUGGCGUACACAGAGUGUCGGUCGCAGCUCGGCGGCUACAGGUGGAACUGCACAGGCAUCGGUGACGGAAAUGACUUCGGACAUGUCAUGCCUUUAGCGACGCGCGAAGCAGCGUUCACUUACGCGAUAACAUCGGCGGGCGUCACGCACGCGCUCAGCACGGCGUGCGCGCGCGGCGACUUGCCCGCUUGCGGCUGUACCUCCAACAGGCGGCGGUCCCCAAGUCCUUCAGAACAGUUCCAGUGGGGCGGGUGUGGUGAAGCAGCCUAUGGAGCCAGGUUCGCGAGGCGGUUCCUGGACUCCAGGGAGAUGGAGGCAGACGCGAGGAGUUUAAUGAAUCUUCACAACAACAGAGUCGGCAGGAAGGUGAGCGAGACAGUAAAAGACCUGGUUCGACGAGAGUGCAAAUGUCACGGCGUAUCCGGUUCUUGCGCGCUACGAACAUGUUGGCGCGCUCUACCGCCAUUCCGAGCCGUCGGCGCGGCGCUGCGGGACAAGUACCACCGAGCCAGGCUCGUCACUCCGCACCCGCCACCCGCCACGCAUGCGCCGCAGACACAUCUUGUUAUACGAAGAUCAAGACAAAACGCAGGCAUCGGCAGGCAGCCCCGCAAGUCGGAGCUGGUGUUCCUGGAGGCGUCGCCGUCGUACUGCGAGCCUGACGCCCUGUCCGGCUCCCUGGGCACGCACGGACGACACUGCAACAGGACCUCUAGGGGGGAAGAAGGCUGUGAAACUCUCUGCUGUGGUCGAGGCUACAACACAGUGAGGACCGAAGAAGAAACGAAAUGCAAUUGUCGUUUUCAUUGGUGUUGUCGAGUGUCGUGUGACAAGUGCAUCACUCGCACGGAGUUACAUGUUUGCAAGUGAGCGCCAUCUAACAACGAGUAGCGGAAGUAAUAAGAAAGCAAAAUUAUAUUCGAAAAAAAAAACGAUCAUUUUUUCGUACGAUUUUGUUUUAGUAAACCUGUUACGGAAUAAUUCAAAGCAUAGUCAGGAGUUAAAUCGGGAAAAUCCGGUAUUUAUGUUGCACCGAUCAGAAAUAUUGCAAAAUAAAAUUAUUAUAAUGUACGUACCUAGCUAACUAGUUAUUAACUAUUUAAAUUAUAAAUAAAGGAGAAAAAGUAGGGAUUUUUUUUAAAGUUACAAUUUUUGAGCGUUAUUCCUAUGGAAUUAUUACAAUUUGAUGUAAUAAGUUUCCAAAAUCAAGUUACGAUUUUUAAAGGUGUACCCGUACCUAUUAUUCAGAUUUUCAAAA